GUAGGUGCACCUUCUCGGUUCUUAUCUGCUUCCUAUUAAUAUGAUGAUGAUGAUGAUUACAGAAACCCUACCUCCCACCGUAGUUGUUUGGCCCGCUCCUCUCCAUUUCGGAUCCGAUCUGCUGAUCGCCAAUGCCACCAAACUAAAAAUUGUUCUGUUUCCAGCUCUGAGAUCAUGGCAGGAUGUCCCGCGAAUCUCAACCUCGGCGGCGCGGAGAUUCGUGGCGAUCCCGACGAGAGGAAUCCUCCUAUCUUCCUCCCCAAUCAGCCUCCGGAUUCAUCCCUCCUUGCGCUCGACAUUGGAGGGACUCUGAUUAAGUUGGUGUAUUUCUCGGAAGGGCUUCUACAUUUUGUGAAGUUCGAACGGAGGCGCCUUCAUGAUUGCUUGGAUUUCAUCCGGUCCAAAAAGCUUAUAUCCCCCAAUGGUUUUUCUGCGGAACCAUCAAAUGGACAUGCAACAAUAAAGGCUACAGGUGGUGGAGCAUUUAAAUUUACUGGCAGAUUCAAGGAGAUUCUAGGUGUCAGUCUUGAUAAGCUGGAUGAAAUUGAUAGUGUUGUAGCCGGAGCCAACUUUUUGUUGAAGGAAAUCCCUGGAGAAUCUUUUACACACAUGGAUGGGAAAAGGCAACCUGUAGAAAUUGACAGAAACAACUUAUUUCCCUACCUCCUUGUCAAUAUUGGUUCAGGUGUCGGUCUCAUAAAGGUUACAGGAAACAGGAAGUUUGAACGGGUAACCGGAACACAUAUUGGUGGUGGCACAAUGUUUGGUUUAGCAAAACUUUUAACAGGUUGCUUGAGUUAUGAUGAAUUCUUGAAGCUGAGUCAGCAAGGGGAUAAUCUAGUACUUGACUUAAUUGUGAAGGAUAUCUGUGGAGAUUUAGUUAGUGAACAGCAAGGUCUUUCUGCAUCAACCCUUGCUUCAAGCUUUGGGAAGGUGAUAACAUCAAAAAGGACACUUUCAGAUUACAAACCUGAAGAUCUUGCUACUACAUUGUUGAGUGCUUUUACUUAUAAUAUUGCACAAGUUGCUUUUCUUGUAGCAGCGCUCUUAGGUUUUAAUAGAGUUUUCUUUGGAGGAUCUUACAUUCGUGGACAUCCCAGCACAAUGGACAACAUAUCUUAUGCUAUUAGUUAUUGGUCAAAGGGUCAAAUGCAAGCAACUUUCUUGCGCCAUGAGGGAUUUCUAGGAGCUCUUGGUGCUUUAAUGAGUUAUAAGGAACUUGGUAUCGAAGAUAUUGAAAUGGUAGAUGUACAUUUGAACGAUAAAGAAGAUCAAGAUUUACAUGAACCUUCCUCAAAUUCUGAUGAAAGUGUGACAACUGACCCCAAUGAACACAACAUAUUUCCAUAUCUUCUUGUCAAUGUUGGCUCAGGUGUUAGCAUGAUUGAGGUGAUCGGGAAAUGGAAAUUUGAACGUAUUAUUGGGACACAUCUGGGAGGUGGUACUAUACUUGGCCUUGCAAGACUGUUGACAGGGUGUACAAGUUAUGAAGAGUUCUUGGAGCUUAGCCAGAGAGGUAAUAAUCUAGCAGUAGAUUUGACUGUUGGGGACAUAUAUGGAAAGGAGGGUUAUCCAAAGCAUGGUCUUCCAGCAUCAACAACUGCAUCUAGCUUCGGGAAAGUAACUUCAAACAAGCUUUCGGAUUACAAAGCAGAGGAUCUUGCUGCAGCUCUCUUGAAUGCUUUCACAUACAAUAUUGGACAAAUAUCCUGUUUUGUGGCAAAGCUCUCAGGGCUCAAGAAAAUUUUCUUCCGAGGAACUUACAUAUGUGGUCAUGAAAAGAUUAUGGACAAGAUUUCUUGUUCAAUGAAAUAUUGGUCAAAAGGUCAGCUACAAACAACCUUUUUAUGUCACGAAGGGUUUUUAGGAGCUGUAGGUGCAUUUUGGAGUUAUGAGAACAUGGGUAUUGAUGACUUCGCAACAAAGGAAGUCAUGAAACAAGUUUUGCUAGGUGCUCCUUAUAUUGGAGGAAACUCUCCAUCUUCUUAUUCACCAAGACAGAUAUUUAACAAUGGUCGUAGUAUGAACUUGAAGAAAGAAGCGGAGAGGUUACAGAACGAGAACACAGAACUAAAUGCUGAAGUGCAAAGAUUGCGAAAUGAAAAUGCCGAGCUGAGAGCCAAGUUAGAGAAGUUGCAACAGGACAAAUCGCAAAGCUCUUAGACCAUUACCAUGAAAUUUAUAGUCAACAAGCUUGCGUUCAUUAAAAACAUAGGUUCGGUGUCAUUUCUCGUCUCUAAGCUUUUAUUUGUACUCUUAUGGUUAAAAACAUUAGAGUUGUAGUCUCUGGCGAUAUUCUAUCAAUUUUCAUGCAAAACAUAUGAUUUGUCUCAUGUGCGUACUCAAGCUAUUUUGUUCUCCUUUUUAUUAAAAACAUAUGAUUUGUAUAUCUCAUUCUUUAGAGAAUAAUGGACAAUGUUGAAGACUAUUAUUUGGUUCA